UCAGGCACUGAUCGGUCUGCAAAUCCUCGUUUGUGGACAUGCCGCCUGCAUGGUGGGUAUGUCUGGUUUGAUAGCACCACUCAUACUUGCGAUAUUGCAUGUCCAAUGGAAUGCCGCAGAAGCUGCGUGGAUAUUGAGCACGAAAGGUGCGUCGUGUGAUGCAACAUGCACUGGUUUGGGCGAGACAUGCUUUGUGGAACGGAUGCAACUCAUUGCAAAUCAGGAAUACAUGGAUUUCGCUGUGACAUCUGGAAGUCUGGCCGCAUGUGCCGCCUAUGUGUCCGAUGACAACACUCUUGGAACAGCCCAGCCUUAUCAGAUUGACGACUACAUCGAUGGUCUCACUGGUCUUCCAGUUCUGUGCUUCGUCAAUGGUAUCAGUAGUCAGUGCGCAGCCAGUGACGCUCAGCUAGUACGACUAUGCUGUUGCUAUACUGGAAGUGGUGACGUCAGUGAUCAAUGCCCGCUCCCCACUACGACCACCACGAGUGCUACAGUAACAACCUCCACAUCUUCCAGAGUAACAACCACAUCCAGCACUUAUACCACUCUAACCACCACCACCACAACGGAAACGUCAGUGACUACAUCCACUACCGCUACAACCACUACCGGAACAGCCUCUACGAUAACAGCCACUAGCACAGUGGUUACUGCGACCGAGACAGCAACAACAUCAGUGGUGACGACAAGCACAACCGAUACCAUGACGUCAAGCACAACUAGAACAACAACAGCGAGCCUGACCUCAAGCACCAGUCACACAAUAUCAACCUCAAGAACAACAAGCCUCACGGCAAGCAUCACCACGACAAGCAUCACCACGUCACUGACAACCACUGUGACGCACACUACGUCGACCAGCAGCUCCGUCACGGCAAGCAUCACCACGUCACUGACAACCACUGUGACGCACACUACGUCGACCAGCAGCUCCAUAUCAACCUCAAGAACAACAAGCCUCACGGUGACGCACACUACGUCGACCAGCAGCUCCGUCACGGCAAGCAUCACCACGUCACUGACAACCACUGUGACGCACACUACGUCGACCAGCAGCUCCGUCACGACAAGCAUCACCACGUCAACGACAACCACUGUGACGCACACUACGUCGACCAGCAGCUCCGUCACGACAAGCAUCACCACGUCAACGACAACCACUGUGACGCACACUACGUCGACCAGCAGCUCCGUGACGCACACUACGUCGACCAGCAGCUCCGUGACACACACUACGUCGACCAGCAGCUCCGUUACUACAACGUCAAGGACCUCCAGCAGUAGCACCACCACAAUCAGCAGUUCAAUUACCUCGACGGCAAGCCUUACCACCACAAGUAGCACGCUGUUGCAAAGCAUCGUGCUGCCAAGCAAUGUAGACACGAAUGAAACAGAAGGUUCUUUGGUUCUCGCUACUCUUCAGGGUGCUUUGGUGGCACUGAAUUCUGAUCAGGAGUCGGUCGUGCUGGAGACAGAGGCUGGAAAUGUCUCUGUGGUAAAACUGAGCUCCUCAUCUGUGGAUCCAUCAUCGUCACUGGUGUUCCAAUUCGGCGAUAGUGGCGACCAGACCUCGGACGGGACCAUCACAGUGUCAGUGCCUGUUUCGGUCGUCAGCCAAUUUGAGCAAGGCGGCAAUGUGAUGCUGGCAGUGCUACAAGUCAAGCAGGAUGUGACAGAUUCACUCAACCAGGGUGACGCAAAGGUGAUUCUCGGCGCUCCCGUGCUUGAGAUUUCUUUCGUCCAGGAAAAAAAUGGAGAAGUGAGUGUUGCCAACGUCUCUGAUUUGGCCGAGCCAGUUAUCUUUCGACUCCAGGAUUCUUCGCCAGGGGUGGGAGAUUGUGUCUUUUUUGACUUGGACACAAACAGUUGGUCCACACAGGGCGUGUCGGUGGCAAGCAGCAGCCAAAUUGCACAAGUCACUGGUGAGCUAAGUAAUGGCACCUGGUGCGCAGCAGUGCAUUUCUCUUUGUUCUCAUUUGUUCAGACGAUUCCGUUUGACGAGAUCAUUGACACCAAGGACUAUGUCGUCAGCCAGGAGAAUUACAUGAUCGCAAUCGCACUCAUGUUGGUGGUCUUCGUUUUGGUUUGCGGACUAUGCUGCACCUGGAGCUUCUUCCGGGUACGAGCCCCCAACAGUGGCAAGACCAACAUCAAGGACGACAGAGGGAGAUCGCAUGUUGUCAAAUUCACUCGCAGUGAAGUUGUGGCCAGGGACGAGAUGGUCUCACCGGCGCAGACUGCUAGAAGUGGCCGAAGUGGCCGCAGUGAUAAGGAAAAGAACACGAAGGUGCUUGUGACGUGGGAGGUGGAACCUGCUGAGGUUUUGGCGAACUUGGACCAUAUGAAGGGCCACGGAUACGUCGCGAUGGACGUGGACGUUGCUGUUGGUCCUCGUGUCAGCCAAAAGAAGUCACUCAAAGAUCUUCGGAGCAAAUCCAAGGAAUUUGCAACCGUCUCGCAAGAGCUGAGGAAAGUAAGUCAGGAGGAUGAUCGGUUGGAGGAGAGAUUGGGCACAAAAAUGGAUGAAGAAGAGGCUUUAGAUGGCGACAUCGUAGAGGUGUCACUGGAUCAGCUCACACAGGCACGUGUGUGCGAAUUGUACCAGGACCGCGCGCCAGUCAAUUAUUGGUCGGCCACGCAUGAGAUGCUGAUGCAAGCUUUCGUUUGUGGCGCAGCCACCUGGGAUGAAAGCAACGAGCCUCACUAUGAUGUGCUGGUGGGGCCGCGAAAGCAGCGUAGAGAGCAAGUCUCCUGUCGCUUGCUGUCACCUGCUUUCAAAGACGGCGAGACCGUUUUCUAUGAUGAGGGUGACAGAGAGAAGAGGAGGUGGCGGAAAGCUUUAGUUGCCCAAGUGGUCCAUGCAAAGGCUAUAGUCCAAGUCCAUGACAUGGAGCCGGAGCCUGUAGACUUGGAACAAAGUCUGACCACGAGUUCUGCGCUACAGAAGCGUAACACGCCAAAGACCAAGGACGUUCCUUUCAAUAGGGUUUGCAGAAGGUUUGUGACGGGUAGGACUGUUCUUGUAUACACAGGAGUUGAAGAGGGAUGGCAGCCAGCAAUCGUCAAGCAAGUCGAAGACUUCAGUGACGAGUUUUCACCGCGGGACUUGACUACAAUCGAGGUCACUCCAGCAGCCGGAGGUGAUUCAGUACCCGUGCAAACCUGCUUCGUCCAAAACACCGAGGACGAUGAGGAUGAUGAUGCUUUCUCGUGUUGAAAAGCUUCACCACGCGUAAAACGCGUCAGUGAAGAUUUUUUAGGAGGUAUCUCGCGGUGGCGCAGACGUCUCAAAGUAGACACUCUGCGUAGCUAGGUCGAACGUGCACAGGCUCUCAAGUGCGGGGC